UAAUAUCAUGGCAAAUCAGCAAAAACUUCUCCUACUUUUUGUGGUUUUACUCAUUGCUAUUGUGACCUACGCACAUCAUCAUGAUUCAGACUCACACGAGCAUCAUCAUCAUCACGGAAUGGUUUCCGAGUAGUGAUGUGUAUUAACACCAACUACCUACAUAUGUACGCCUGUGUUGUUGCAAUAUCAUUUUUUUUUCAAGUUUUACCUAGAGAUCGUACCCCUUACCCUUAUCAUAAUUCUUAUACCGAUUAUUCACUCCAAUAGACGUAUAAAUCCAACAUUAUAUGCCACAGUUAACACAAUACUUGGUACUACAUAUGUACAUUUAUAUUUACGAGAAUCAUUUACGACCCUGCAGGUGCCGCUCGGCUGUAAAAAAUUUGGCAUCUUUCCGAUAUUUCUCGACCAUAAAUUUUCGUUG